GGCGGCGCGCGCAGAUCACGGGGUCUCCUUCAGUGUCGGCAUGGAGCUCAAGCCGUACAUGGACUCCGAGCUGCCGGUGCCGGGGCUCCGCCCCACUGGCCAGCAGGGUUACUCCAUCUCCGGGCUCCUCUCGGGGGGCGCGAGCCACGGGGACCCUCUGGUGUCCGGUCUACCGUCGCUGCUAGCCCCCUUCGCCGCGCCUCCACAUCCCCAUGGGCCCCACAAGUACAGUUACGACGAGGUACCCACGGAUGCCGCAGCUCUAUCUCCAUCUCCACCGCCGACAUACGCCUCGUCGACAUCGUCUACCCAGGCGGGAAAACGGAAACAACGGCGAUACAGAACGACGUUUAGCAAUUUCCAACUGGAAGAGCUGGAGCGCGCGUUUCACAAAACCCAUUAUCCAGACGUGUUCUUCAGGGAGGAGCUGGCGCUGCGCAUAGACCUCACCGAGGCCAGAGUGCAGGUAUGGUUCCAGAACAGGCGAGCCAAGUGGCGAAAGCAGGAAAAGCUGAUGGCUAAACAACAGGUGGCGGUGGCGCCCCAUCAGGGGAUGAUGGCGCAGCAGCAGCCACUCGGCAUUAUCAGUGUACCAGUUUGUUCAAGCCCGAGUCUUCUCUCAGAUUCUACAUCUCAGAUAGGAUCGUUCAGUCCCGGACCCUCCGGUGGUCUGUUCCUGGGCAUGGAGUGGGGAGGCUUCGCCCCCUACCACAUAUCCUCAUCAUCCGGCUGCAAGGCACAAACAGAGAUCGACCCCGACCUCUUGCGGCUCAAGUCCAGGGAUCCUGCAGAAGACCAGGCAUCCUCGGACAUGCUGCUUACCACUCCUUAACAUCAUGUGUUGUGUUACGUUUAGGAUUUAAUGUACCUCUAAAUAAACUUUUUGUUGAGU